ACUCUGGACUGAAGCAUCAUGGGGAGAGCUGCGCUACAGCUCACCCUCUUUGGGCUGCUGCUGACCUUGGCUGCAACGCUGCCGAACAAGGGUGACUGGGACAUCUACAGCUUUCACAUCAACGCCACCGUGAACAGUCGCUAUGCCACCACUGUCAUCAACAGCCGUGUGGUCAACCGUGCAGAGGAGUCCAAGGAAAUUGAAUUCCACGUGCAGAUUCCCAAGAAUGCCUUCAUCAGUAAAUUCAGGAUGUUGAUGGAUGGUGAAGUGUAUGAUGGUGUUGUGAAGACUAAGGAGCAAGCUCAGCAGCAGUACACGGAGGCUGUGUCACGCGGUCAAAGCGCUGGAAUUGUCAGUUCUGUAGGGAGGACAAUGGAGGAUUUUAAGACCUCCGUUACUGUGGCUCCUCACAAAAAAGUAACUUUUGAACUCACUUAUGAGGAACUGAUGAAACGAACGCUUGGCAAGUACGAGUUACAAAUCCAUGCUCGACCCAUGCAGCCUGUCAAAGACUUCAAGAUUGAUGUGCACAUUCACGAGAAAGCUGGCAUCAGUUUCAUUGAUGUCAAAGGAGGACUGAGCACCGAAGCCCUUGCUAAUGCCAUCACCAAAACACACGCAGACAAGCAGGCUUGGGUCCAUUUCUAUCCAACCGUGGACCAACAGAAAACUUGUGACAGCUGUGGAGAGCAAGGCAUGAAUGGGGAUCUGAUUAUUACUUAUGACGUCAACAGAGACACCGAGCUGGGCGACCUCAAGACAUCAGAUGGGUAUUUUGUCCAUCAUUUUGCUCCGUCAAGUCUUUCCCGAAUACCGAAAAAUGUUGUUUUUGUGUUUCUUAUUGAUCAAAGUGGAUCAAUGAGAGGAAGAAAAAUAGAACAGACCCGAACAGCAUUAAUCCAUAUCUUGAAUGACUUGGCAGAUGAUGACUUCUUUGGGAUUAUUACUUUUGAUCGCAGCAUUUUUCACUGGAAACGAGAGCUUGUUCAGGCCACUAGCAAACACCUACAAGGGGCCAAGGAAUUUGCAAGAAAUAUGAAUGCCAGAGGAGCUACAAACAUUAAUGAAGCAGUGUUGGAAGGAGCAGGUAUGCUGAAUGCACAUCCCAGAGAAGGUUCAGCAUCUAUCCUUAUACUUCUAACUGAUGGAGAUCCCACUGCAGGGGAGACAAAUCGUGAGACAAUACAGUCAAAUGCAAAACAGGCCAUUGCAGGCAAAUUCCCACUGUACUGUCUCGGUUUUGGUUUUGAUGUUAAUUUUGAGUUCCUUGAGAAAAUGUCGCUGCUGAACAACGGUGUGGCAAGACGGAUUUAUGAAGAUUCUGAUGCAGAUUUACAAUUAAAGGGUUUCUAUGAAGAAGUGGCCACCCCACUCUUGACGGAUGUGACAAUGAUCUAUGAGGGUGGAGCCAAUCUAACUCAGACCAAUUUCAGCCAGUAUUAUAACGGCUCUGAGAUCGUGGUGGCCGGUCAGAUCACCGACAACAACAUUGAAACCUUUGUUCCUCAAGUUUUGGCUGUCUCAAGGGACAGAAAGAUGAUAUUCUCUAAUGCAACUUCCUCCAUCACAAGCCCUGCUAAAACAGCACCUGAAGGUUUGGUAAGGAGGAUUUGGGCCUAUCUCACAGUUAAACAGCUUCUGGAGAGAGAGCUGAUGUUAUCUGGACCAGAAGAAGAGAAAGUGAGGAAAGAAGCAUUGGAACUGUCGCUGAAGUACAAUUUUGUGACCCCUCUCACAUCCAUGGUGGUCACUAAGCCUCAGGGGGAGAACACAGACGUGCUUCAUAAACCCAAGGAAGGCGAAGUGCCACCACCACGACAGCACCACCACGUAGGACUCGGAUUUCCUGUUCAUCCUAUAAACUCAGGACAUGCUGCUCGAUCUUCCUCUGCACGUGUUGCUUCUGCUCCUCCUUACAAUGGUUUCUUUGGAUCUCAAAACAAAGUGCAACUAAGGAAAAUACCUCGUAUGCAUUUAAAGGAUUUUGUAGCUGUUGAUUUUGUCAGUCCUGUGAGAGCAACAACUGGUAAAGUAUUGCGUUGACAAAAUUUGUAAUUUGUAAUUGUUUACAUGUAAAUCUUAUGAUCUUAAUUUGAAUGUAAUUCAAAUGCUUAUUAUCCUUUAUUUGAUCCCUUUACUCUUUUUCAGUUUGAAAAAUGAACAGAUUAUUCUCGAAUUGG